AUGCCGUCAUGUCGACGCCCACGUGACCGGAAGUCUCGAACAUAUGUGGACGAGUGCCUCAGUGCUGACUCCUGUGGGGAACACGCCUCCUGUGAGAAUCUGAUCGGAGGAUUUCACUGUCGAUGUGACAAAGGAUAUAGAACUGACCAGCAGGGGGCGUGUGUGGGUCCUUCCUCAGGCUUCUCCCCCUCAUCAUCAGGCUCCUCGCCCUCGUCCUCCAGCCCCUCCCACUCUUUAUCAGGCUCCUCCUUCUCUUCAUCUGACUCCUCCCCCUCUACCUCAGGCUCCUCCCACUCUUCAUUUGGCUCCUCCCAAUCUACCUCUGGCUCCUCCCCAUCUGCCUCAGGCUCCUCCCACUCUACCUCAGGCUCCUUGCCUUCUUCCUCUGGCUCUUCCCGCUCUCCCUCUGGCUCCUCCCACUCUUCAUCCAGCGCCUCUCCCUCUUCUUCUGGCUCCUCCCACCCUACCUCUGGCGCCUCUCAGUCUUCCUCAGGCUCCUCCCCCUCUUCCUCUGGCUCCUCCUACCCUAACUCUGGUACCUCUCAGUCUUCCUCAGGAUCCUCUUCCUCUGACUCCUUCCCUUCUUCCUUUGGCUCCUCCACCUCAAUCACUGGCUCCUCUACCUCAAUUGCUGGCUCCUCUCUCUCCCCAGCUGGCUCCUUCCUGCCUCUCUCCCCAUCAGUCACGCCCCUCUCCCCCUCCCUCCCUGGGGAGCUGAGAGAGUGUUACUAUGACCUGGACAGUGGAGAGUGCAGUGUUCUGUCUCAGAACUGCAGUCUGCAGGAGUGCUGCUGCACAGAGGGGAGGGGCUGGGGGCAGGGCUGCGUCUACAACAUCUGUCCCCGCCCACAAACAGAGGAGUUCCAGCGUCUGUGUCCAAACGGACGAGGAUACGUGACCACGGGACCAGGGGCCUUUGACUACACUGAUGUGGACGAGUGUAAACUGUUUGGUUCAGACGUGUGUAAAAGUGGAGUCUGUGUGAACAACAUCCCAGGAUUCAGCUGCUACUGUCCCAGCGGAUAUGUCUUCAACCUCAGCAGACUGCAGUGUGAGGACCACGACGAGUGCGAGGAGGAGAGCUGCUCCGGAGGUCUAUGUGUCAACACCCAGGGGUCUUUCUACUGCAGCUGCCCCCACCCCCUGGUCCUGGACGACACUCACCGCACUUGUGUCAACGCCUCCCAACAGGGUCUAGAUGACAAUGUCUCCCUCUGCUGGCAGCAGGUGAAUGCAGACCUGCUGUGUCAGUCGCUGCUGCUCGGAUCUCAGCUCAGCUUCACUGACUGCUGCUGUUUGUACGGAGAAGGCUGGGGCCUGGAGUGUGCACUGUGCCCCCUGCAGGACACUGAGGACUACGCCCGUCUGUGCAGCUCUGUGCACUCUCCACUGUACCCAGAGACCAGACCCGGGACCAGACCUGGAUCAGGACCUGCCAGAGGAAGCCCCCAAGAGCCGUACUUCCCGCCUUUCGCAUUGGAGCCUUUUCCUCCUGCACUGGACUAUGAUGACUCUCCACCUGUAGGGGGCAGAGAAGACAGAUACGACCGCGGAUAUGGUUCUCUGUACGGUGGAUUCUUCCCAGAACCAAACUACGACCCCAAUAUUCCCUACAGUCCGGACCAGUCACGCUUUAGUCUGGACCAGUCUCGCUUCAAUCCGGACCAGUCUCGCUUCAGUCCAGACCAGUCUCGCUACACUCCAGACCAUCCUCGCUUCAGUCCAGAUGGCUCCAGGUUCGGUCCAGACCAGUCCAGGUUCAGUCCAGACUCAGCGCCCUUCCUUGUACCUCCUGACCCCAGAUCUGAGGAGGCCUUCGAAGUGCCGUCUUCUCUGUCCUCAGACCAGUUCUACACCGGGACCAGAGACCAGGUCUACACUGGUACUAGAGACCAAGCCUACACCGGGACCAGAGACCAGGUCUACACUGGAACCGGAGACCAGGAUGAGUGGAGAGGACUACCCCCAUUCAAUCGACCCGAGCCCAGAAGAGUCUAUGACAGACGCUCAGAGGCCGUGGAGGAGGACUGUGGAAUCGUCGACGGCUGCCUGAAUGGUCGCUGCAUCCGCAUUGCUGAGGGUUAUACCUGCGACUGUUACCAUGGAUACGAGCUGGAUCUGACCCACAUGACUUGCAGAGAUGUGGACGAGUGUGAUGGCAGCGUGAGGCCUGAGUUCCCAUGCAUAAACGCUCGCUGUGUGAACACAGACGGCUCGUACCGCUGCGUUUGUCGCCGUGGUUACGUCUUGUCGCACCGGCCCAACUACUGUGUGUCUGCUUGA